AUGUCUGAUUUCUAUUCUGUUUCUUCACCAGCGAUUACUUAUUCGGUGUUUAAGGAUACUUUCACGCUCCCCACUUUGCUCCCCAUUUCUUCGGCGAUUCUCUCUCACUCUGGGUCUCUUUCCGACGUUUUCCUGUCAUUCUUUUUUAGCUGCGGGAAUCCACAGGGAUAUCCCCAUCAUAUCCCGUUUCGGAAUAAGCUAUUCCUAGAAUAUUCCCAUCAUUUCCCGUCCCGGCAUUAUGGGGGAUGGGCAGCACCUAAUAUAUACUUCUUGGGGUAUGCUGUGGUUGUAAAGCUUGGCAAUAUCCGUAUUGGUGGACUUUCCGGAAUUUACUAUGCGGGACACCAUGAAAGGCCACCUUAUAAUGACAAUACUAUCAGGUCUGUGUAUCAUGUCCGGGAGUACGAUGUUCACAAGCUUAAGCACCUAGAGGAACUGUUUUCACAUGAUUCGCCACUCAGCAUCACUGAUUAUGGGAACUGGCAACAACUUGUUCGCUACAAAAAACAUUUCAAAGAUGAGAUCCAGCAAGGAACUCUUGGAAGCAAACCUGCUGCUCAGCUGCUCGAAAAACUCAAACCAACGGCGCAAGUUCUUGCAGGACCUUAUGAGGUUCAGUACGAUGAAGAAUGGCUGGCAAUAACGCGGAAAUUGAACUGUGUCUUUCCUUUGACCUUCCGACGUGGAGACGUUGGGAGAACAAAGCUCGACAUGCAAGAUUGUCGUCAAUGGGUUAAGAGCAGGAUAGAAGACAGAGGAGCCAAACCUUGUGAAUUUUCUCAAACAGCUCCACCUCACAAACCCUCUGAUUCAAUCUUCUUUAUGUUUCUUCAUAAUGCAUCGGACUCCAGGGAUACUCCUACUUCAUUGCCUCAAAAGGGUAAAGAGUUUUCUAUUUACAUUGUCCCACUCAGUUUUGAUGCAUUGUCCCUUUAUACGGUCUUGAAGGAGGCCUCUAGGCUUUAUGCUGCAGGUUGGGUAAGGGAAAUUGGUCCUGAUCUUAGACCAAACGAUUAUAAGAAGGAUGAUGGGACUGAAGGUAAAUCCAAUGGAGAUAAGAGUAGUAGUACAGAGACAGAACUUUCGACCUUGGAGGAUAUUGGUGAGGAACUUUACUUUGUGGUUUCUUAUCUUGAAAUGUUCUGA